UUACCCGCAGUACGGCGCAAACUUUGAAUAUCACGGCCCUACGAACCAGUUUACUAGAGUAGUAGAGUCCACUAGUACGGUUUCUGAUGCGACCGUGGUUCAGUUGUAUGCGUAAAUUUUAGCUCUUCGUCGUCACCAAUCGUUGGUCAGUGGUCCCGGGUCCGACAAAUUUAGAUUUCAGUUUUUCCGCGACCUUCGCAGUUCGCAUGGAUCAUAAUAUAGUCAUAUAGUGGUUAUGAAUUGAAUUUUGUGUGCGCUGCCUCUAUGUGUAUCUUCGUCACUUCGACGUCCCGUUCAUCAAUAUUAUAACUUUUAAUAGUAUAUCGUUACGCACACACGCGGAAUUUGAUCAUGGAUAAUCUUUACUUAUUUUUAACUUUGGUGUUGGCCAUCAAAAUCUCUGCGCAUUCAGAUUUUCAAAAGGAUACCAUUCGUUUGGAAUGCAAUGAAAGGUGCCAUUUACAGAAUGAAACUAUAAAUCAUGGAGAGCUUUUAUGCAAUUCUGAAUGUGUAGUGAAUCAGUGUAUUAGAGGAUGUGCUUUAUGGAACGAAGCACUUACUUAUAAUUGUUCAAAAGUUUGUGACAAAUUUAAUGAUGCAAAUCAUAUAUCUCAAAGUAAAUUAUAUUGUAUUGCAGGAUGUAAUGAUGCUAUUACUUUAUACUUUCAAAAACUCCAAUUUGAAAUUGGGCCUUUACCAUCCCCGACAUUAGUACCAGAUUCUCUGUUUGAUAAAUCUCUUAAACUCCAAUGGAAAGGUGUAAGAAGGAAAAAUUUUAAAUAUAGAGUUCAAUGGAAAUUAGAAAAUAAUCCUGGAAAUUGGCAAUACUGUCAAAAAGAAACAUGGAAUAAUGACUCUAUUAUACAAUUGGACAAUCUUCGGCCUUAUACAAAUUACCAAUUUCGCGUGGUAUUACUGUUAGCAUGGUCUGGAAUGAUGCAGUUUGUGGUUUCUGAACCAAGUGUGGUAAUCAGCACACAUCCCAGCAGAGUACCACCUUCAAUGACACCAGAAAUUGUGAGAACAAUUCCUGCAGAUUCUAGUAUAUCAAUUACAUGGGCUGCCAUUCCCUUUCCUUUAGCCCCAAUCCUUUCCUAUCAUUUAACCAUCCAAGAGCCUACAAAAGAGUACACCAUCUUCAAGGAAAUAUUAACUGGUAAAGAAAAUGAAACAGAAUUUUUUUAUAUGUUUCGUAAUUUGGAAUCUGCAAAAAAUUAUUCAAUUUCACUUGCUGCUAGAAAUGAAUAUGGUGUUGGACCAAUUACCAAUGUCUUUGUUAAAACCCUCCCCACAUCAAUGAUAAAAUAUUCUCCUGAGCCUGUACACUUAUUCCUUAUAUCUAAUCAUGAUAUAUAUGUGAAAACUAUUGAAAUGAUGGAUAUACCUAUUAGUGUUUAUUCUACAAAUCAAACUAUCAAUAGUGUAUCAAUUAAUAUACAUACAAAUAUUACCUAUAUUUUGGAUUCUUCGAGUUCGUUACUGUCAUUAUCAAAUAAUAAUGUAAACACCAUAUUUACUACAGAAAGAGAAACAUUAAUGGAUACCACUAUUGAUUGGCUAAAUAAUCACCUAUAUAUCUUAAUGUCAUUAAAAACAAAUAGAAAUACCAUUGUGUAUAGUAUAAGAAAAUUUGAUUUAGAACAAAAAAUAAUGGAAGAAAUAAUUUCUGGAUUUGAUUAUAAACCACUCCAAAUAGGAGUGGAUCCUUGCAAUGGAUAUUUAUUUUGGACUACAAAAUUGGGUUUAUAUCGUUUGGAUUUAAGUAAAAAAGCAAAAAACUUAAAAAUGUCAAGCAUGUUAAUCCUACAAAAUAAAAAUAUUGGACCAUUUAUUAUAGAUUACAUAAAAUUUUGUUUAUUAGUGUUAUUCCAAAAGAAUAACACAAUAAUGUCGGUUUCUUUGGAUGGUCAAGAUGUAAUAGAUAUUAGAAAUAACACAAUAACUGCCUUGUUUAAUGAUGCAAUCACCUUAUCACAUGUUAAUGGAUCUUUUUAUUGGUCAAAUGGUUCGGUAUUAAUGGGAGAAGAGUAUUUUAUUAAUGAACAAAAAUACUAUCAAAAUAUAUACCCAGCUAUGCAUUUUUCCUACAAUUUAAUUUUAUCCAAUUUUACUGAUCAACAACCAAUACCAAUUCCAAGAAAUCCACCACAGUCUUUACAAGCAGUUUCUACAUCUAGUAAACUGAAGGCUACUUGGCAGGUUCCACAUUUAUUAGGUGGACAAGGGCGUAAUUCAUGGCAGAAAUGGUCAUAUUUGUUUUCGAUAUCCUUUGAAAAUAAAACAAAUUGGAUAAAUAUCAAAACUAAUAAAACAGAAGUGUUAAUUAAUUCACUUUCACCAAAUACAAAUUACAUAAUAAAAGUAGCUGCUUAUUCGUCUUCUGGUCAAGGACCGUGGUCGUCAGAAUUUGUAGUAAAAACAUUAAAUCAUAAUGUUUCUGUACUUUGGGGAAAUGCUCAACAAAUUUUAAUAUCUGAUAUCAUGGGUGAUUUUAUAGAAUCAAUUUCAAUAAACGAAGAUGAAAACAGUAUUAAAAAUUCUUCAUUAGAUGAUGUUGCUUGGUAUGAAGAUUGUGUUUUUUAUGUAGUUAAUUCAAAUAAAAUUAAUUGGCUGAAUCUAACAAGUCGUCAAGGAAGUACAUUAGAAGAUAUUAAUAGUGUUCAAAGUAUUGCAAUUGACUGGUUGGGUCAUAAAAUUUAUUGGGCAGAUCCAUCAAAACAAUCAAUAUUAAGAGAAAAUUUAUUUGGAGGUGAAAGAGAGUUGCUUUUAGCAUCUAAUAUUGCCAAAGAAUUGAAAGUAGAAUCUGUUGGUGGUUACUUAUAUUGGUCAACAGGGUUUGCAGUGAAAUCUUCAAAACUCAAUGGAAAAGAACAGCACAGUUAUUAUAGUGCAGAUUUCUUUUCUGGAAAAAGAGUUAUGAGUUUAGCCGUGGAUUCUGUUGGUAGUUGGGUAUAUUGGAUACUUUGGGAAAAUGAAAAAUCAAAAUUAUUCCGUGCACCAACUGUUGAAAAGCUGAGUGAUUUAAAUAAUCCUAAUCCUAUCAAAGAAUUUGAUGACUCUUGCACUCAAGGACCUUUAUUCUAUGUAGACCAUCAUUUGCUGUGGCUUCAAAAAGGUAAUGACAUAAUGAUGAGUGAUACAGAUGGCCAAUAUCCAGCAAUUAUACGAGCUAUGAAUUUAAAUGGUAUUCAGACAUUUAGUGUGCGUGACAAAUAUGCUCAUCCUAAACCAAAAGGUUUAGAAACAAAUGUUAUUCCAGAAGAAGUGGACAUAAAAAUGAUAAAAGUUAAUCCCAGAAUUAAUGAAAGUGUGUUUGAAAUUAUCUGGGAACCUGUCAAAACUGUUAACCAUGGAUUAGUUUCUUAUACUGUUAAAGUUUUGGAAAAAGAAGACAGUAAAAUUGAUUCUUUGUUUGAGACACCAAAUACCAAAGUAUUAGUUGAUAGUACACCUUUAGAAAUCAGUAUCAAAGCUUCUACUGUUUGGGGUUCAUCUCAAGUUGUAACAGUUUAUUCACCAAUUCCUGCUAUACCAACAGACAUACGUGUUUUUGUGAACUUUAAUGAUAAUUAUACUAUGAAUAUCAUACUGCAACAUUCUAUAAUUCAAAAUGUUACAAACUACGAAGUUGAAUGUUAUUAUCAAUUAAAAAAUUAUUGGCAAGCAUGUUCAAAACAAUCUAUUGUGUCCACUAACACAUUAACAAAAUGGACCGGACUUUCUAUUUAUUCAGAUUUAAUGUUUAAAAUACGAGCUUGUUCUAUGGCUGGCUGUAGUGGAUGGAGCCAAGAUAUAAUAUUUAAUCAAACUUGCAACUCGGCAAAUUUUAAAUUUAAAACUGCUUUUGUGAGUGGUUCCAAAAUAAUGAUUUAUCAUUCAAAUAAACAAAAUAAUCAUCUAAUAGUGUUACUUACAAAAAGUUUGGUAACUAGUUUUACUUUAAACGAUGUGGAUGAUAUUGCAUUUUGGACUGAUAAUAAGACUAUAUACAGUUCACCAAUUAAUAAAUCAAUUAAUAACAAAAUUUAUUCAAUUUCUGAAAUGAAUACAAAAAUUGAAAAUCUUUCAUUUGAUUGGAUAUCAAAAACACUUUUUUGGUGUGAAGUUGCUGAAAAUCAAUCAAAUAUUAUGGCCUUUGAUAUCAGAGUAAAAACAGUUAAAAAAGUGAUGUCUAGAUCAAAUAAAAUAUCUCCAUCCUCAGCUGUCCUCUCUGAAGGUUUAUUUAUUUGGAUUGAACAAAUUCCUGAUUCCAAUGAAAAAAAUAUACUGAAAAGUAACAUGAGUGGCACAGAUAUUGAAACUUUUAUAUAUUCUAGCAAUAGCAAUUGCAAUUGUACUAAUUUGUACCCGUUUGAUAAUGUAUUAACAUCUUAUAUAUCAAAUAGUGGUAAAAUGAGACUUCUGUGGAUUGAAGGCAAAUAUCGAAAUAUUAUUGUUUCUGAUAUUAAUGGUUGUAAAUGUUCAGUUAUAUAUUCUGUAAAUUCAACUUUAAAUUUAACAUCUCUGGCAGUUGAUAAACGCAAUAUUUACUGGACAACAGAUGAAUCAAUGUGUACUAUAGGAAUUAAAGAUUUGAAUGACAAACCCGUUAUUGAAAAUAAUGCAUCAUUAUAUUGUUUAAAUAAUAUAACAGCUGUAUAUACAAUUGAUGGAUUAACUGAAUCAAUUAAAAGACCGUGCCCACCUGGAUUUCCUCAAGUAAAUCAAACAUUACCAUCUGUUUAUAUAGUAUAUUGGGAUCCGUCAGAAUCUCGUGUUAAAAGUUAUUCUUUAGAAAGAAUGAUAAUAAGCGAAAUAAGAAAUAAAAGAAGUUUGAAUUUAAAUACGACUAAUUGGACAACUGUUUACAGUGGACCUCAAAAUCAUUGGUUCAUGUCUGAUGUAAAACGUGACCUAGUAUUUAAAUUCCGUGUUAAGGCAGAGAAUCAUCAUGGUUGGUGGAGUGAAUAUAGAACAUCAGAUGAACUAUUCAACCCUCAAUACCAAGUGGAAACUUUAAGAAAUGAAGAUGUCCCUUGGAAGAUAUUAAUAACAGGAUUUAUUUUGAUUUGCCUAUUCUUAACAAUGUUAAUUAAGUAUUUAGGUUCAAUUACUUUCAAUGCCAAAGGACCGAUGAGACCAGAUGUUGAAUUAGGAAGACUUAGAGAAAUGCCACAAAGGCCAACAUUUUUUCAAGCGUUAAAUGUGGGUUACCAAGGUGCUGUAUUAUUCCAAAAAAAAGAUAAAAAUGAAUUGCCAAACAUCAAACGAGAGCAAAUAACACUUACAAAACGAUUGGGAUCAGGUGCUUUUGGAGAAGUUUUUGAAGGAAAAAUGAAGGAUAUAGUAAGAGGAGAAGCAGAAACACGUAUUGCCAUUAAAUCAUUAAAAGAAGGUGCUACUCAAAGUGAAGUUGUAGAAUUUUUAAAAGAAGCAAAACUAAUGAAUAAUUUCAAGCAUAAACAUAUUUUACAAUUAAUUGGAGUAUGUUUAGAUAAUGAUCCUAAUUUUAUUAUUAUGGAACUUAUGGAAGAAGGUGAUUUGUUGAGUUAUUUAAGGAAAAACAGACAUACUAAUGUACUAAAUCUUAUUGACUAUAUACAAAUGUGUAUUGAUGUGGCAGAAGGAUGCUCAUAUUUGGAACAGAUGCAUUUUAUUCAUCGUGAUUUAGCUUGUCGGAAUUGUUUGGUAUCAUCUUCUGAUCCUAAAGAGCGAAUUAUAAAAAUUGGCGAUUUUGGACUGGCAAGAAAUAUUUAUACUCAUGAUUAUUAUCGAAAAGAAGGAGAAGCUUUACUGCCUGUUCGAUGGAUGUCACCAGAAUCACUAGUGGAUGGUGUUUUUACCAGUCAAUCUGAUGUUUGGGCCUUUGGUGUCUUAUUAUGGGAAAUUAUGUCUUUGGGUCAACAGCCCUAUCCAGGACUGUCAAAUAUAAAUGUUAUGUAUCAUGUUCAACAUGGUGGAAGGCUUGAAAAACCAAUUAAUUGUCCCAAAACAUUAUAUAAUUUGAUGCUUAAAUGUUGGAAUGUACAACCAGAAAAACGGCCAAGAUUUGAAUUCUGUUUAAAAGUUUUACAAUCAUUUAUGGCUAUGCCACUGGAUUAUGUUAAUAUCUCUCAUACUCAACUGCAUAAUGUAUCAUUACCAUCGGAAAAAUAUACAAUAGACCUUAUGACGUGUACAGAUUCGCAACAAGAAUUGCCAUCUCAACUCAUAAGUAAUAAUGAGGGAUAUGAAGUACCAAUCAAACUAAUUAAUAAUGAAUAUCUAGAAUUGUCAUGUGAGUACCUAGAUUUAUCUGGAACACCUACAGUUAAUUUUAUCGAUAACAAGGAUUCAGAACCAGAAGAAUUAAUUCCCGAAGAUAUAAAUAUACUAUAUUGCAACAUGAAUCAAGAAUUUUCAGGAUAAAUUUGGUGAUUUCUCACUUAGCUGAAUACCAAUUAAUCAAAGGCAAAAAGACUUAAAAUUAGUUGUAUAUUAUUUUUGUUUUGUAUGAAAUUUUGUAAAAGGGUUAUAUAAUUAUUGCCUUAAAUGAUUUUUG